AAAGAAGAAGAUGGAUCCCAGUAGUUUCUAGAACAAAUGUUUCCGGUCGGCGGUAUUUUGAGUGAAGACAGGUUAAUUCGCGUGCUAAAAACUAUUUAGUUUUGUACUUUUCCGGCUUUAUCCUGGAUAAUUCAAUGGCAGACCCAGGUCCCAAUAAGGACAACAUCAGAGCUGGGUGCAAGAAAUGUGGAUAUCCGGGCCACUUGACCUUUGAGUGCCGAAACUUUGUCAGAGUUGACCCCCAGAAAGACAUUGUUCUGGAUGUAAGCAGCACCAGCAGUGAGGAGAGUGAAGAGGAUGUUCCUGCAGUUCAGCGCAUUGACAAGCUGGGGCGAAGUGGCCAGCAUCGCAGAGGUUCCCAUGAUGACGACGAUGACAGAAAAAAGAGACACAAACAGAAGAAGAGCAGAGACAGAAUGUCAAGAAAGAGGUCUGCAUCGUCAUCGAGUGAUGAGAAGACCGGGAAGAAGAAAAAGAAACGCAGCAGGUCCUGCUCCUCGUCUGACGAAGAGAAGAGGAGGAAGAAAAAGAAACUGAAAAGCCACAAGAAGAAAAGCAAAAAGAACAAAAGGGAACAGGGGAAGAAUCACAAGAAGAAAGAAAAAAAGAGGAAACACAAAUCCUCAUCUUCUUCUUCCAGCUCCAGUGAAUCUUCAGACAGUGACUGAGACAACUGAACAUAUUUAUUAUUUGCAGACAUUGUAUAAAUAAGAAACCUCAUCUUGUCCACCAACAAGUGUCCAUUACUGAGACAUGGGUUUGAAUGUUAAUUUGUUCAUUGCAGAUAACAAAUCUGUUUGCGGUUCUCUAAAGCAUUUUGGAAAACAUGUGCAAAGCCAGGGGAGAUGUUCAGAUAUACCAUUCCAUUCUCCUUCCACUGUCAUUUUACAUUUGACACUGUUUGUUUUGUACAGAGGGAUCUUAAGUGACACAUGGUACAUUCUCUUGACAUACAUAUUUCUGAACAUCACUGUAUGGAAGUCCAAUCAAGAAAUAUUUUAUAAAUUCAGGGGGAAGAGCCUUGAUAUUUUUGCUGUGAAUGUUUUCAGGUGCUGUUUUUGUUUUCUUUGUAUUUUAUAUACUUGGCUGCUUCAAUGCUUUUGGGAUUGUACCCAACAUUCUUACAUUUUAAAAGGUCAAAUGUGUAUACACAUGAUUUGACUCCCUGAAAUUUUUGGUGGACUGGGAAUAAUUGCGGUUGGCGGUUACAAUGACUAGAAAUACUUGUGGUUGAUGUAUUGGCCAGUAUUAAUGAGGAUAAUAAUAUUAACAGUCAGCUCAUUUCUUAAUCAGUGCUGGCAUUUCGGCAGAAGUUGAACUAAUGUCUAAUAUCGGUAGACAAACUCGAGGUUUGGUCUUCUUUCAUUAUGUAAUGUGCUUAAAUGUUUAUACUGUACUUUUUGCAGGGACGGCUUUAGGUACAAUGAAACUCCUUGAAGUUCCUGGUAAGACACUGUUUCCUAGUAAUGGGAUUGUUGAAAAAA